CGUAAUUUAUUUUCCGUUAUUUAAUAAUAAGUAAUGGACACCCUAUCAUCUGGGACUCUACAAUCGUCAACAUUCUCUGAGAGCUCCAGAACUGGCAGUAGUAGGUCCCAGAGAAGCGCGAAAGAUGAACCAGAUUUUACCAAAGAUAAUGCCGCGUCUCCAAUUGAUCUGGAAUGCCACAUCCAAGCGGAACGAAUCACGAAGAUUCUGGACGAAGCCAUUUACAAAACCAAGCUUGCUAUCUGCCUUCCUAACCUGGUACAGGAAUAUCGCACCCUCAAUUCAAUAUUAUCAUCUCAGCAUAUGGAAGAUUUGAUUUUCAUAUUUGAGCAGUAUGAUAACCCUUUGUUUUCUACGAGUCUUUUGAACAUGGCCGCUAUGGAAGAUAUUAAGGCGGGCGAUGUCUCAUUGAAAAAUAGACUCAACCCGGAACUAGGACACCUGAUGUACAUUUUAAAUAGUUACCCACAACUGCGACCAAAAGUGAUUGAAAUGGUUGAAGAGAUGAAACAAGAAUAUGCGGAAUAUGUGGAAACGCGGCGAAGAAUCCCUGGCUUAGAAUAUUUACUGACCUUUGAGAAGUUUCGCGACUUGAUGGUGCAACAGAUGGAAACAACCGCGGCGGAGGAACUUGCCGCAAAAUUGAAUACAAGGAAAUUGGAAGGCUCCAAUCAAAAGCUCAUCGAAAAAAUUAAUGAAUACACGCAGUCAUUGAAAGAAGAAAACGAUAGUUUUGUGGAAACGAUGAAGCUAAAAUCGGAGAUUAUUGCCAAGUUGGAACAUGAGCUCGCUAUUCUUAACCGAGAUGCAGAUCUGAAGCUGAAGAAAAAAAUUUUAGAUUCAGACCGCCAGAUGGUGCUAGCGACACGGGCGCACCUGGUCAAAAACGAAAUGCUCAAGGAGGAGGAGGCAGAGUCCCGGGAGCUUUAUGAGAAUGUUCUCAGGAAGAACCUCAUUGAUGAGAAGAAUCAACGGGCUCGACGGUUCAAGGUGGAGACACAACUGUUGUCAUGGCUACAAAAAUAUGACUUGGAGAUGGGAGACAAGCAAGUGGAGCUGGACGAGUUCACGGAGAAAUAUGAGGAGGAGCUACAGAAGUGUGAAGAACUUGAGAUAAAAUUAGCGGAACAAGACAAGGAAUACAUUCCACUGAUGGAGGAAAGGGAGGCGGAAUAUCACCAAGAGAUGACGGAGAAGAUGAACAAGUUCCUUCUAGAACAUGCGGCGAGGGUGAUACAGUGUGCCUGGAGGGACGUGCUUGCUAACCGGGCUGAGAAGAAACGGUUGAAAAAAUUACAAAAGAAGAUGCAAGCCGCCGCAGCAGCUGCAGAGAAAAAAGGCGGGAAAAAAUGACACAACAUUUUAUUUUUUAUUUUUUUAUUAUAUGUAUAUUGUAUACAUGGCAUAGACAAUACUUGUUUAUUAUGGUCAUUAAAAUAUUUUCGAUUGCAAGCUGCCUUUUAUUUAUCACAUUUGUCAAAUAAAAUUGUAAAUUCAUGAAAAUUAAGUACUCUUUUAAGUAGGUAUAAAAG